UCUGCGGGCCCUGCCAUGGCUUCAGGGUUGGCAGGUGCUGCUGGUGUGCCCUCAAGCACUCCAAUGAUAGACACCACUGACAGCACAGGUUUUGUUAAUGUGUUUUUUUUUCCUUCCCUAAAAUACAUUAGAUUUGGUCCAGCACCAGUGCAGGAACGACUCAGCUGCAUGGCCAGGAAUAACUCCAUCUAUGUGGUUGCAAACAUUGGGGACAAGAAACCAUGUAACUCCAGUGAUCCCGACUGCCCCACUGAUGGUCGCUACCAGUACAAUACGGAUGUCGUCUUUGACCCAGAGGGGAAACUGGUGGCUCGUUACCACAAGUAUAAUCUCUUUAUGAUGGAAACUCAAUUUAAUUACCCAAAAGAGCCAGAAGCUGUCACCUUUGAGACUCCCUUUGGGAAGUUCGGCAUUUUCACUUGCUUUGACAUCCUUUUCCAUGAGCCUGCAGUGGUCCUGGUGAGCAAGAUGCAGGUGGACACUGUGCUUUUCCCGACGGCUUGGAUGAAUGUCCUACCAUUUCUGACUGCAGUUGAGUUUCACUCUGCCUGGGCUAUGGGGAUGCGUGUCAACUUCUUAGCUGCCAAUACUCACAAGACCAGCUUUGCAAUGACAGGAAGUGGUAUUUAUGCACCAGAUGGAGCCAGGACAUACUCCUACAAUAUGAAAACUGAAGAUGGUCAACUCCUCAUUGCUGAACUAGAUGCACACCCUCGUCUUUCUCCUGCCUCCCCUCCUGCUGUCAGCUGGAGCUCAUACGCUUUGAGUGUCAAAAGAUUCUCACAAAAUGACCGUGAUUUCACAGGAAUUAUCUUUCAUGACCGGUUCACUUUCACUGAGCUCACUAAGCCUGGGGGAAAUUUCACUGUUUGCCAAAAAGACCUCUGCUGUCACUUGAGCUACAAGAUGGCAAGGAAACGAGAUGAUGAAGUUUAUGUGCUGGGUGCUUUUGAUGGGCUUCAUGUUGUUGAAGGACAGUACUAUCUGCAGAUAUGCACGCUGCUCAAGUGCAAGAGCACAAACCUGGACACGUGUGGGCAGCCAGUGGAGACGGCUCAGACCGAGUUUGAGAUGUUCUCCCUCAGCGGCACAUUUAGCACCAACUACGUCUUUCCAGAAGUGUUGUACAGUGGGGUGCAGUUGGCCCCUGGGGAGUUCGAGGUACUGAAUGAUGGACGCUUGAUAAGUAAGACAAAACCAACAAAACCAGUUGUUACUGUGACACUUUUUGGACGCUGGUAUGAAAAUGAUCAUCUGAAACAAGACCCGCAGCCAACGGACAUGAUUGAAGCUGUACACUUUUUACAUCCAAAUGAGAUACAGCAUCCUCUACUACAACAAAACCUGCCACCACUUCUUGGUCAAAACAUGACGUGAAUCAUCAUUUCUUGGAAAUCUCUGCUGAACCAAAACUUGGAAUCGAAACCUCACAUUAUUCAGGUUAUCAGUUCUGAAAACGGCUUGACAACACCUCCUGUCUGCACUGGAUGCUAUUCAGUGAUGGAACUGUUUGCAACCAGUAAAAAAGUCACUGAGUUACCCUGGUAUCACACAGCAGUUCCUCCCUCCCAUCUUCUAUAUGUCUUUCUAGUUGUAUAGCACCAACAUACGUGAAAUACGCCUUGUCCUUUGCUCCUUCCUGUUAAUGCUGGGUGGUGCUGCCCUGCAGAUGAAUUUGCUUGAGGGAUUAGAGGAUUUAGAAUUCUACUUCAGGUGAACUACUCCUGGUGAGAAGGCACUGUUCACAUCUUUGGUUCCUUUUCUCCCCCAGUGAGCUGUGUUUUGUUGCUGCUGCUGGACCCUAGUGACCUUCUUUCAGCACAUCAGUUUAUAAACGUGCAUGAUUUGUGGCUGUGUCCUUAAGAGUGGUCAGAGACCUCUGUUAGUCUUGUUUCUCCUUUCUUUUUUUCACACUGGCACCAUUCCUGGUCUCACCAUGAUGCUCUCGAAGUCCUCAAUCUCCUGUAUUUCUGUUAUGGAGCUGAUGAGACACUGGGAGUGCAAAUACUCUCCAAACUCCAGCGCUAAUUACCACUGCUGUGCGCCGUAUGACCUUUUUUGUUUUCAAAUGUAAAUAAAUAACUCACAUGUGACAUAA